AUGAUGGUUCAAGGUAACGAACCUAUCAGAAGAAGUAAUUAUCGUUUACCUCGAUCAACCAUUACCCAAGAUGACGGCUAUAAACCAAUCACAAAGAAAUGCAAUCGAGCGAAACCAUUGCGAGAAGGAAGAAGAAGAGGAAGAAAUGCGGUCAACAUCGAUCGGAGAACCGAAUCAAUUAAACACGUCGGUGAACGUACACCAAAAGAAAAAAUUAAAGCAGUUCAUCUCUUCCUAUCCUGGUAUAGCCAGAGAAAAAUACGGCCGAACGACAAAGCAAAUGAAUGGCCAAUCAAUGGCAGAAACAAUCCAGCAAGAUAUUCGGGCUCCUGUCGCUUAACCGAACAACUUCCACCGAUCGCCUCCACGGUGCGACGGAUCAAUGACAACGUAAAUCUUGGAGCCACCAAUGCAUACCGUCUCAAACCGUAUCGAGAGAACGAAAUGGAUGAAGAUCAAUCCAAAACGAGAAAGAGACCGAAACUUGGAACGCACAGGAGCGCGUCCCAGCUGGACGGGGGAGGACAAGAUUGA